AUAGAUAUAUACAGAUUCAAGCACAAAAAUUUAAUAUUACAUUAUCUGUAGUAAUAUAAAUAUGUAAUUAUAUAAAAAGUUUAUGUUAUACCAAAGACAAAAUAAAUAAAAUAAUCAUCCACAGACACAUGUCUGUGUAAUCUUCCCAAAUUUGUUAUGUCUAUAGAAUAAUAAAUCCUAAUACCAAAAAUAUUAACAGAAUGUUUCACUGAUUUUUCUCUAAACAAUAUUAUAGCAAUGCAAUAAGUACUCAGGAAAAUUUAUGUUUGCAAUGGAGGUUUGGUAACAGCCACAAUGGAACAACUAAUGACAGCGCAGGAAAGUUAUGUGGAACGAAGACGACUUUUUAAAGACAUAUGGGACAUCGCCAUGCACAUCGAUGACAAGGACGAUGAAUUUCUGAACAAGCAUAAAGUUAUCAAAACACUUCGUUUGGAUGAAGUCGAUCGUUGCGCUGCAGGAAAGAAGAAGAAACAGAAACUAAAAAAUUUAAGGGCUGUUUGUAACAAGAUACUUGAUUUUUGCGAUCGGCAGGAUGCAGACGACACAUAUUACGAGCAGAUGGCGACAGAAGGUAAUAUCCCAGCUCAACACAAACCAGAGCUCAAACUUAAAAAACUAAAGCCCGCUCGAAUAAGAAAGAAAGCAAAUAUAACCAAAAGCUUGUUCUCUCCGGGUAAAAACGUAACACAACCAAGAACUACGACAUCUGACGGUAAAGAGGAAUUCAAAAAUAAUUAUGGCAAAAAGACUUUGCGAAAUAGUUCACCCAUGAAAGCUAAACGCACGAUAGUCUUAAAAAAACUGGAAGUGCCAGUGAACAUUGUUCCUAAAUUGACAGGUUUGUGGAAAACAUCUUUAGUUAACUCUCCCAGAGACAUGUACAAUCGUCGUAAAGUUGUAAAGAAAAAGAAUAUCAAGACUGUAAAGAAAGUGGAUAUUAAAUUAAUACAUCCUCCAGGUAUAUGAAACUAGCCUUAAUAAUGUAUUUAUAGAAAUUUUAUUUAUAUAUCUAGGUAUG